AUCAGACGUUUGCUCAAAGGACGCUUUCCGUAUUAUGGUAAACAAGAUUGCUCUUCGCAACGAGUUCACAUGGAUUUAUUUCUGCUAGAACGUGAUAUUAAUUCCUCGAAAUCGUCUAAUUUAGUAGCGAUAUUUCAUUCGAAUUGGGAAUGAAGAAGAGAAUCGUUUCGUUACCGUAAAUACGACAGAUUUGAAAGAAAAACUUUCGUCCGAUGAUCAGCAGGUUAUAUAUCAUGGCAAAGGAGACUUUCGACGAUGCUGUAGAGGAAAGAGUUAUUAACGAAGAAUACAAAAUAUGGAAAAAAAAUACACCCUUUUUGUACGAUCUUGUAAUGACACAUGCCCUCGAGUGGCCAUCCUUGACCGCCCAAUGGCUACCCGAUGUAACUAGACCAGAGGGGAAAGAUUACUCCGUACACCGCCUUAUAUUGGGUACGCAUACCUCCGACGAACAGAAUCAUUUGCUAAUCGCUAGCGUUCAACUGCCAAACGAAGAUGCUCAAUUCGACGCGUCUCAUUACGACAAUGAGAAGGGGGAAUUUGGCGGAUUCGGGUCUGUUAGCGGGAAGAUUGAAAUCGAAAUAAAGAUAAACCACGAAGGGGAAGUGAACAGAGCACGGUACAUGCCGCAAAAUCCGUGUGUCAUCGCAACUAAAACGCCAUCCAGCGAUGUUCUCGUGUUCGAUUACACGAAACAUCCUAGUAAACCAGACCCGAAUGGCGAAUGUCAACCUGAUCUGAGAUUGAGAGGACAUCAGAAGGAAGGGUACGGUCUAUCGUGGAAUCCUAAUUUGAACGGAUAUCUGCUAAGCGCAUCCGACGACCAUACGAUUUGCCUGUGGGACAUUAACGCACCGCCAAAAGAAAAUCGAGUUAUCGAUGCGAAAACUAUAUUUACAGGACACACCGCUGUCGUCGAAGACGUGGCUUGGCAUUUGUUACACGAAUCUUUGUUCGGUUCAGUUGCGGACGAUCAAAAGUUAAUGAUCUGGGACACAAGGUGUAACAACACGAGUAAGCCAAGCCAUACUGUCGACGCUCACACAGCCGAAGUGAAUUGUUUAAGUUUCAAUCCGUAUUCAGAAUUUAUCCUUGCGACCGGCAGCGCCGAUAAAACGGUGGCACUCUGGGACUUGAGAAAUCUCAAGCUGAAACUACAUUCCUUCGAAUCUCACAAGGACGAGAUCUUUCAAGUUCAAUGGUCACCGCACAACGAGACUAUAUUAGCUAGUAGCGGUACAGACAGACGUCUACACGUAUGGGAUCUGAGUAAAAUUGGCGAAGAGCAAUCUAGCGAGGAUGCAGAGGACGGUCCACCCGAGUUAUUGUUUAUACAUGGUGGUCACACCGCGAAGAUCAGCGACUUCUCAUGGAAUCCAAACGAACCAUGGGUGAUAUGUUCAGUGUCGGAAGACAAUAUAAUGCAAGUAUGGCAAAUGGCGGAAAACAUUUACAACGACGAAGAACCAGAUACGCCAGCGAGCGAACUUGAAGCGGGUGCUUCAUAAAUCGUGAAAAAGAAUCAAUUAAAUUAUUUGAUAAUGAAAUUUUCUAUGAAUAUAGAUUUCAGCCCGCGUGAAAUCAUUCGAGCUAGCAUAAGAAAGACGUUAAGACGAAUUUGUACGUUAAAACGAAAAGAACAUCAAGAAGCAAUAAUGUCUAUUUUUACUACCGAUCUUGAGGCCCGUUUACGCAUACACGAUUCUAGGAUAAAUCAAACAAGCGGCGAGCAUUUCCGUCGAAUCGUCUUUUUAUUUUUUUCAUUUCGGGUAUAGGCGAAAUUUUCCUUUUCGGGUGUAUUUACCCUGGUAAUAUACAAUGGUAAUCAGGGUACAGAUUUUAAGUAAAAAUCUGGACUACUGCCCCUCCACGGCCCAACAUCUAAAAUGUGUAUAGUAUAUAGACGCGUGCCAGAUUGAACGUACACCAGUGUCGCACCUCGACCGAUCUUCCACGCAUGGAGCGACACCCUCGUUCGUAUUUUAGAAUCGACGAUAUAUGCGGAUUUAACCGUAACGAACACACACACACACACACACACACACAGCACGCGAUUGAUACAGCGAGAAGUUGUUUUCGUUGGUACCGUUCCGUGACGACGGUUCGAAAUCGUGUCUUGUAACCGGAGGACAUGUUCCGACCGGCGGAGUCUCUCGUGCUGUUGGGAGAGGGGGCAGGUGACGGACAGACGGAGUACGAGCAGGAGGAGGAGGAGGAGGGAGAUGUUCGAGACUCUCUUUUGUUGUCUUUAGCGAACGAUUCGCGUUGCCCUUGUAUAUCGUUAAUAUCGUUAAUAUCGUUAAUAUCGUUAAUAUCGUCUCUGCUGCUUCGGAAUCUGGUAAAAAAGCAUAGUAGAAACAUGCGAGAAAAACUCGACGAACAAAAAGAAAGAGAAACUGUCGAGUCUUGGAUGUGUCUGUAAAGUACUAUUUCACAAUAAUUCUCUACAUUUUUCAUAGAUACGGGUGUCUUGGGUGUGUUUUAAUAUUUCAAAUAAUAAAAUGGACCGUACGCAUGCGACUUAUCUUUA